AUGACUGUCCUCAAGCUUCAUAUAGAUUGCACCAACCCUCUUGCGAAGGAGGUAUAUGGUAACUACUCGAACUGGAAGCUAUUCUGCAUUCUUCGCCGAUAUCUCGAGCCACGGAAAAGAACUUUAUCGAUGAAAGAGGCUGUUACACUUAUUUAUAAGAUCCUCAUGCCGGUAGUACCUGGAAAGCCCAUUGAAUACCCGGUUGAAGCAUUUGGUUCCGUCAUCUUGAGUGCGGCUCGCCAAGUCCCCUACUUUCAUACAUCGCAAGAUCGCCUCGUCCGACUUUUAGAGCAACUUCACCAGUUCAUCGAGCUCGAUUUGACCAACAAGCUGGAGACAGAAACAUUGCACUUGGUUCUGGAAAGUGUGGUCAGGGCGGCACGGGAAAUCUAUAAUGGUCAGUCAGUUGCUUUACAAGUUGCCCCUAUGAAAGUUUGA